GAAAAAUUCCAUCUUGUGAAAUGUAAAAAGUAUACAGAUUUGGAAAAUUCUCAUCUGUGAUUUGUAUCUUUUUCAUCAAAACCAUCAAACCUAGACAUGUGGAAUGGAAUCAUUACUAUGAUGGAAAGCCAUAACAGUAAAAUAUAUCUUGUAGUCCAUGUGUUGGCAUCAGUAGGAUUUUGGGACUCUAGAAGUUUCAGAACUGGCUCAAAAUCUGCAACCUAGAAGAAAAAAUCAUAAUUCUCGAUUUUUAUAACAUAUUAUCC